AUGUCGGAAGGGUCGUUGCCUGCCGAUAACCCAUUCGUUGACCCGUCCCUCCACGAAACUCCCUCGGCCCUCCAGGGCGAGGCUACGCUGUUCGUCUCCGAGGAUGCAUCGCUAACCCUGGGAGCCGACGCGACAAUUAUCCUGGACGACCGCUUCGUACAUAGAGAGGCCGCCAAUUGCUGUGGACUACUGCCGACCAGAUCCAAGACUACUCACUCCAUCCCUUACUACAACAUCCUUGACGCUUCGCUCGACGGUCUCGAGUUGACCAUUCAACAUGCUCUGCCAACUUCCAAGAAAUCUUGUCGUCCAGCCACCAUCUCCUAUACCCUUAUCGACAAAACAUCUAUCGAUGCCGCAAAGUCCUGGCUAAGCAAAUUACUUGAGCUGGCCUACGGAAAAUCCCAGAGGCACAAGAGGAUAAAGGUCUUGGUCAAUCCCUUUGGUGGUCAAGGCGCUGCACAAAAGCUGUACGCCAGCGAAGUCGAGCCUCUGUUCAGAGCUGCCGGCUGUCUCAUCGAUGCAGAAGAAACAAAACAUUCUGGUCACGCCGUCGACAUCGCUCGCCAACUCGAUGUAGACGCUUACGAUGUCGUAGCAUGUGCAUCUGGCGACGGUCUGCCCCACGAAGUCUUCAAUGGUCUUGCCCAACAGCCAAAGCCAAGGCGUGCUCUGCGUAAAAUCGCCGUUGUCCAGCUCCCUUGUGGAUCGGGCAAUGCUAUGUCUCUCAACCUUAACGGUACCGGUUCACCCUCUUUUGCUGCUCUUGCCAUUGUGAAAGGCGUGCGUACACCACUGGAUCUCAUGGCCGUAACCCAGGGAGAAAAGAUGUACUGGAGCUUCUUGAGUCAGGCCGUGGGCAUCAUUGCUGAUUGUGACUUGGGUACUGAGAACAUGAGGUGGAUGGGGCCUGCCAGAUUUACCGUCGGUAUCUUGCUCAGACUCUUGGGUAAGACUGUUUAUCCGGCCGAGCUCGCCGUAAAAGUCGACAUUGGCAACAAGGAAGCCAUCAGAUCUGCAUACAGAGAUAACAGAAGCAAAAGUCAGGAUAUCUCUGGUAAAAGAGAGUGGGAAGCGCAUCAAGACCUAGACGGGGACAAAGAUGAUUCGCUUCCGGCCCUUCGAUAUGGCACAGUGCUCCAGGAUGUGCCUUCGGACUGGGAAAAGUCGUCAAAGCCUACACUAGGGAACUUUUACUGCGGCAACAUGGCGUACAUGUCGGCCGACACGCCAUUCUUUGCCGCUGCUCUGCCUUCCGACAACCACAUGGACAUGGUCGACGUUGAUGGAACCAUCUCGCGUCAUAAAGCUAUAGAAAUGAUGACAGGCGUUGAGCAGAACAAGACGUUUGACAUGGAUAUUGUCAAUUAUCGUAAGGUCAGCGCCUACCGUAUCAGUCCAAAGUUGAGAGCAGGUCAGAAGACUGGAUACAUCAGCAUUGAUGGAGAAAAGGUACCAUUUGAGCCCUUCCAGGUCGAAGUUGUUGGAGGGCUGGGCACUGUGCUGAGCCGUAACGGUGCCGUAUAUGAGUUUGAGGGCCCAAAGUGA